CCACUCCCCCCUUCAGCCGGAGGGAGGAGCCCGAGCCGCCGCCGUUGCCGCCGCCCGCCCAGCCCAGGAGGAGGACCCUACCCGGAGCGGCUGGGAGCGCACGCGAGCGGGCCGUGGCCGCGAGGGCAGCGCCCUGAGCCCGUCCCGCGCCCUCGGGCCAGGCCGAGCAGAAGCAGCGCCCGGGCAUGCCUGGGCGGCCCAGAGCGCGGGCAGCGGCAGCCGUGCGGUGAGGGCGGUGGCGUCCGCGGGACCCGCGACUGCCAGGAACUCCUGCAGCCGCCACAGGCUCCCAUGGCCUACAUACCCAGUGGGGGUGCCCCAGCAGCGGGGGCAGCCCCCACGGGCCCCCAGUAUUGCGUGUGCAAGGUGGAGCUGUCAGUGAGUGGCCAGAACCUACUGGACCGGGAUGUUACCUCCAAGUCCGACCCCUUCUGUGUCCUCUUUACAGAGAACAAUGGCAGAUGGAUCGAGUAUGACAGGACAGAAACUGCGAUCAACAAUCUCAAUCCCGCCUUCUCCAAGAAGUUCGUGCUCGACUACCACUUUGAGGAGGUACAGAAGCUCAAGUUCGCGCUCUUCGACCAGGAUAAAUCCAGUAUGCAGCUAGACGAGCAUGACUUCCUGGGCCAGUUCUCCUGCAGCCUGGGCGCGAUCGUCUCCAGCAAGAAGAUCACUAGGCCUCUGCUGCUGCUGAAUGACAAGCCUGCUGGGAAGGGCUUGAUUACGAUUGCUGCCCAGGAGCUGUCUGACAACCGCGUCAUCACACUGAGCCUGGCAGGCAGGAGGCUGGACAAGAAGGACCUCUUCGGGAAGUCAGACCCCUUUCUGGAGUUUUAUAAGCCAGGAGAUGAUGGCAAGUGGAUGCUGGUCCACAGGACCGAGGUGAUCAAGUACACACUGGACCCCGUGUGGAAGCCGUUCACAGUGCCCUUCGUGUCCCUGUGUGAUGGGGACAUGGAGAAGCCCAUCCAGGUCAUGUGCUAUGACUAUGACAACGAUGGGGGCCAUGACUUCAUUGGCGAGUUCCAGACCUCAGUGUCACAGAUGUGUGAGGCUCGAGACGGCGUCCCGCUGGAGUUCGACUGCAUCAACCCCAAGAAGCAGAGGAAGAAGAAGAACUAUAAAAACUCAGGCAUCAUCAUCUUGAGAUCUUGCAAGAUAAAUCGAGACUACUCCUUCCUAGACUACAUCCUGGGAGGCUGCCAGCUCAUGUUCACCGUUGGAAUCGACUUUACAGCCUCCAACGGGAAUCCCCUUGACCCUUCCUCUUUGCACUAUAUCAACCCUAUGGGCACCAAUGAAUAUCUGUCGGCCAUCUGGGCUGUUGGGCAGAUCAUUCAGGACUAUGACAGUGAUAAGAUGUUUCCAGCUCUGGGAUUCGGGGCCCAGUUACCCCCAGACUGGAAGGUCUCCCAUGAGUUUGCCAUCAACUUCAACCCCACCAACCCCUUCUGCUCAGGUGUGGACGGUAUUGCCCGGGCGUACUCAGCUUGCCUGCCCCAUAUCCGCUUCUACGGUCCCACCAAUUUCUCCCCCAUCGUCAACCAUGUGGCCCGGUUUGCGGCCCAGGCCACACAGCAGCAGACAGCCACGCUGACCCUGAUGACGGUUGGCAACGUCUAGUUCACAUCCUUCUCUCUGCACCUGGUCCAGUGCCUGUGAAUGGAUGAAGUCAGUGCCGGCUUCGGGAUAUGAGCUGUACGAGGCUCAGUCAGAGGCUCCUCCCCCAGGGAAAGGGACCUGGUCCUAUGCCUAAGGGGACCAUUGGGACCAGCUAGGGGAGGGAGGCACCUGGUCACCAGGGAGGUGGCAGUUGGCUUCUAGGAGGUGGUGGAAAAGAUAGUAUAACCGCCCAGUAGGUUCACCUUGCCCGCUGCCUAGACAGAACUGAUUUAUCAAGACAGGGGAAUUGAAGUGGAGAAAGACUAAUUCACACAGAGCCAACUCUGCAGGAGACUGGACUCUUGUUAUUACUCAAAUCAGUCUGCCUGAACAUUUGGGUAUCAGAGUUUUUCAAGAUAAUUUGGCAGGUAGAAGCUUGGGAAGUGGGGAGUGCUGACUGGUCAGGUUCGAGAUGGAGUCAUGGGGUCGAAGUGAGUUUUUCUUGCUAUCUCCUGUUGCUGGGUUCAAUGGCAGAACCGAUUGAGCCAGGUUACUGGUCUGGGUGGUGUCAGCUGAUGCAGGGUCUACAAAAUAUCUCAAGCACUGAUCUUAGGUUUCACAAUAGUGAUGUUACCCUCAGGAGCAAUCUGGGGAGGUUCAGACUCUUAGAGCCAGAGGCUGCAUGACCCCUACACUGUAAUUUUUGAUCUUAUAGCUAAUUUGUUAGUUCUGCAAAGACAUACUGGUCCCCAGGCAAGAAGGGGAUCUUUUCAGGGAGGGGCUGUUAUCAAUUUUGUUUCAGAGACAAACCAUGAACUGAAUCCUUUCCCAAAGUUAGUUCAGCCUAUGCCCAGGAAUGAGCAAGGACAGUUUAAGGGUUAGAAGCAAGAUGGAGUCGGUUAGGUCUGAUUUCUUUCCCUGUCAUAAUUUCCUCAGUUAUAAUUUUGCAAGGCAGUUUCAAUAGAAUUGGGGGGGGCAGAGGCUGUUCUGAUGGUUCAGGCAGCAGAGGGUCUGUGGGAAAAAUGGGUGCCUUGGAGUGGGGCAUGCCAGGGUUUGAAUCCUGCCCCUAUCUUCCUCACUGUGUGACUUGGCAAGGCAUGUCACCUCAGUUUCCUCAUCUGUACAGUGGGAAAACUAACAGGAUCAAUCAGGAGGAGGUGGUAUCAGGGUUAAAUAACAUCAUCAGCACCUGGCACCCAAAAAGCCCUGAAGGACAGAGAAGGACAGGCCAGCAAAGAGCUCAGGGAAGAGCGGCCAGGGCAGAGGGAACAGCAAGCUCAGAGUCCCAGAAGGGGCGUCCCGGCCCUGACCCUGGCAGCCCGAGCCUGGGCAUGCUUCUUCGUAUGGAGUGGAAUGUUUCCUGCUCUGAACCCUUUCCUGUUUUUGUUUUUUGAGAUGGAGUUUCGCUCUUGUUGCCCAGGCUGGAAUGCAAUAGCAUGAUCUUGGCUCACCUCAACCUCUGCCUCCCUAGUUCAAGUGAUUCUCCUGCCUCAGCCUCCAGAGUAGCUGGGAUUACAGGCGUGUGCCACCACGCCUGGCUAAUUUUGUAUUUUUAGUAGAGAUAGGGUUCCACCAUGUUGAUCACGCUGGUCUCAAACUCUUGUCCUUAGGUGAUCCUCCUGCCUCAGCCUCCCAAAGUGCUGGGAUUACAGGCAUGAGCCACCAUGCUGGGAUUUAUUUAUUUAUUUUUUGAAUCCUGGGGUUGCUGGGGUGAAGCUGGCUGGAGAGGGCAGAGCAAGAGGCAGGCUUCAGUUUGCACUCCCUCCUGUUUGGAUGCCAGGCCCCGUUGUCCCACCCAGUCUUUUGUCCGCCUGAGCAGGCUUUCAAAAGGCUGGAAAGAAAAGUUCUGCAUGUCUGUUUAAGGGGAGAAAUGUGGGGCAGGGAGCAGGCAUGCAGCCCAGUUAGCACCAGGGCCCUGUCACCGCUGCACCUGCAGAGUUUGGGGCAGGACAAGCAGGAGCCAGGGUCCUGGGAGAGGUGCGUCUGUGUCUGCUGGACCCAGGUCUGGAGGGGGUUUGGGCACCAGGAAAGGCCAGAAAGGGCAUUUGUGUGUUCUGGGGAGCAGCUGCAGAGAGCUCCACAGAGGAAAGAAGCAGAGGGACUUGAGGCAGAAGCACCUGGUGCUCAUUCUCUGGACAUCCCAGCCACUUUUGCCUUGACUUGGUCUUCCUGGCCUGGGGGAGGCAGCCUCCUCCUGGCUCCCUUCUGCUGGAAAAGCUCUGUUACCCACCCAGGCUAUAUGACCUUGGGGGAUGUCUGAGCAUCUCUAACCUGCAGGAGUGGGGCCAAGGGGUCUGUAUCAGGCCCUCCCAUUCUGAUGUCCAGGAACAGAUAAGGCCGUCCUCUACCUCCUGCCUUACCUUAUCCUUGGCCUCAGGGUGCACCAGUGGAGGGGAGGUGGACUGCCUUGUGGUUCAGCCUCAAGCUCUGGGAGGUUCACAUCCCAGCUGCCCCACUUCCUGAGUGUGUGGGACCCAGAGCAGAUAGCUUAGACUCUGUGAACUUGUUUCUUCAUCUGUGUGACAAGGAUAAUGGCAAUUCUAGAAGUCCCUGCCUUCUAGAACAAGAUAGGUGUAGAAAUUGAUCAGCAUAGUGCGUGGCACACAUAAAGUACUUCCCUGCUGGCCGAAUCUUCUGGGGACACCUCUUGCGCUAGCAUUCGGUAAUGCCAAGCAUAGUUAGUCCCAAAGCAAAAGGAAGUCAUUAUGAAUUAUCCCCUGAUGCUUUUGUCAGCCCUUCUUAGUUUGGGGAGGAAUAUUUGGUGUGACUUCACCCUCACCAUCCCCAGACAUAUGUGCACCGAUGCACGCCCACAUACAGGAAAUUGAGAGCAGGUGGUGGAAGCCUCUUUCUAGGCAGGCCUGCACUCUCCCAUUCAUUCACUCAACACAUCUUUACCAAGCAACUUCUGCACAGCAUUGGGGAGACCAUGAUGAGAGGGACAGGGCCUCUGCCCUCCCAGAGCCCGCAGUCUAGCGAGGAGCCCUAGGCUAAGAGCAGGAGGCAGGAGGACUGGGCCUGGGGCAAUGGAGCACAGGCUCACAGGGGUGGCAUCCGACCCAGAUGGAGGGCUCAGGAAAGGCUUCUUGGGAAAAUGACAUGUGAGCUGAAACUUAGAGGAUGCCUGAGUUCGCCUCAUAAAGGAUGUGUGUGCGUGGAGUAUCUCAGGCCGGGGGAAAGGCAUAUGCAGAGGCCUGGAGGUUUGGUGUGUGGGUGUAAUGGAAGGAGGGAGUGCACUGAAAGAGGAGGAGAUGGGGCAAGGUGAGGCUGAAAGGUAGACCAGCUCCUGCAGGGCCUCACUGAUGAAUCUGGGUUUUCUCUUGAGGGCAGUGGGGAGCCACUGGAAGGUCUUAGGCAGGUUUGAGCAGACCUCGGGGGGACUCCUAUCUCAGUCCUUCAUCUUUCCCUCUGCCUUGACCCCUAAGACCUGGACCUUGCUAUUCAUGGCCCAUUCCUGGUUGGUUGCCCUGGUGUCUGGGGUCCCAGUGGAGGGGAGCUGGGAAGCAGCCAGCUCCCUAGGAAUUCCACCCGCUCCCACCUCCAGGGUCCUCGGCAGCCAACUUCCCGGAAAUAAGCUAGAGAGUGAGUGCAGCUUCUCUAGACUCUGCCUGGAACUGUGUGGUCAAGUCAGUUUCUUAUAAAUCAAAUCACAUGUUAAAUGCAUUAGGGAAAGCAGUUGUUUACAGCCCUAGAAACCUGAUGAACCUUGGAGUAAAGGCAAGAGAUGCUCUAUCCGUGUUGGGAGUUGGGUUUUUGGAUUCAAUCUUACAGUGAUGGGCUGUUUCCGGAGGUGGGAAUGCUGGGGACAGGGUGGACCAGGACCAUCUGCAGGAACACUAGAGCCUGCAGAACCGCUUCCCACCCCUUGCACCCGAUUCCACCCUCCAUCCUCUCCAUCUACAGCCCCUUUCCCUUUGAUCUGUCCUGGGGGUGGGGCUGUAUAAUAGACGUUUGAGGCUCCUGAACAACUCUGGCUUUGUCCAGGCUGGGCAGGAAGCCCAGGACUCAUCAGCUUCACUUCUACUGCUGAGGUCUGGGCUGCUGACCUCAGACGCAGCUGGGCACUUGGUGAGGCCAGGACCUUGUGUGUGGACAUGGUGGCUGGCUGGUUGGCACACAGGGGUGCAGGUUAGAGUCCAGUACCAGGGCUCUGGGCCCCACCCUGGGCUGCUAUCCUGGAUAUUCAGGCCCCCAGACACUGGCAUGCUGGCUGGGAGGAAAGCUUUUCUCUACCAGGCCCCUCUGUUGGAGACAAUGACAGGCCACUUGUGCCAGUGGGUGGUGGAGGAAAACAUCAUGGAAAGAGCCCCACUUCGGAGUCAGCCAGGCUGGGUUUCAGUCUGGACUGUGCCAGUUCCCAGCUGUGAGGCCUCAACAAGUCACAUCACCUCUCUGAGCUCAACUCCUCUAGAAUGGGAGUCAGUGUGAGGGUGACAGGCAGGGUAGUGCUGUCACUGUAUGGUAUCACCUCCCCUGGCCACUGGUGCUCACAGUCCUGCCGUAACCUGGCCCUAUCUGCCCCCAGGCUCCCUGGGGAGGAAGCCUGCCAGCUAAGAGGGAGGUGAGCCCCGCACAUCUCCUAGGCACGGGGCUGAUGGAAAUGGGAGAGCCAGGAAGGCCACCUACGGAGGGAGUGGGCACUGCCUGCCUGAGCUGGAAUGGGCUUGGAGACAGGUCCCAUCCACUGAAAGGUGGGGCCCAUUAGACCAAGGCCAAUAAAUCUUUUCUUUCCUCAUUGCCUGGCCUCUUAGUGUCUUCCUACCUGUCUGCUUAGGUGUCCCAGAAAUAUUGCCCUGGACUAUUUCUGAUGGUAUUGAGGUGGGGUUGGAGGGCUACCUAAGGGAAGGAGCCCAGGAACGAUGGUGGGCUGUCAGGAAUAAGGUCUGGAUGGGCUUCUGAGGCCCCCCUCACAGCCAGGGAUGGGGGGCUGGCGGCAGCAGCCACCACUGUGGGAUUCAGGCCGCCAUCUCCAUGGCAACAGGUAAACCCAGCCAAGGGAUUGGUCUCUUAAAGGCACAGUACCAGAGCUAGACCACUGCUGCCUGGAGCUAAGGGGGAGGGUAGUGAGGUCCGUGUCUCCGCAUCAGCUCAUCCUGCUCCCUCCCUCUGCGGCUGUACUUGUGGGGAAGACAGGGGAGCAAGUCACCCUGGAGGGCUGACCUUGUAGCCUCUGCAACCUCCCCAGGGAACAAGCAGCUUUGCUGGAUAUGAAUGUGGCCAAGGUCUGACCUGGGGUCCAGCUUGGUUCCACCCUCCUUAGCUCCAUGAGCUUGACUAGUCUAGGCCCCAGUUUCCUCUUCUGGAAAUCAAAAGGGUCAGACUAAAGCCCCAAACAGAGAAUCUGAGGACCACAAGAGCUGAUCUGUUGAUAUUAUAGAUGGGGAAAACAGCUUCCUCUAAAGGGGUCAGCGGGUACUAAGGACAAAGCUGAGCUGCAAAUGAGUUCUUUGCCAGGCAUGGUGGCUGACAUCUGUAAUCCCAGCACUUUGGGAGGCCGAGGUGGGUGGAUCACCUGAGGUCAGGAGUUCAAGGUCAGCCUGGCCAUCAUGGUGAAACCCCAUCUCUACUAAAAAUACAAAAAUUAGUUGGGCAUGGUGGCGGGUGCCUGUAAUCCCAGCUACUCAGGAGGCUGAGGCAGGAGAAUCACUUGAACCUGGGAGGCGGAGGUUGUGGUGAGCCCAGGUUGUGCCACUGCACUCCAGCCUGGGUGACAGAGUGAGACUCAGCCUAAAAAGAAAAGAAAAAAAAAACAGAGUUCUUGGCCAAUUUGGAAUCCUGGGCCUUCCACCCUCAGAUGGUCCAGGGAGCCUUCCUACACUUCAGUCAGGCACACCCCGGCCCCACUUCACAGUUUGUACUUUAUAGAUCUCCCACACUAAUUAUUCAGUAUUUUUUUACUUAAUUAAUAAACUUUAUAUCCCAGUGUAAAUGAAAAAAGCAGUAUCACUUGCCAUAAAUAGAGAGUAACAAAAAUAAACACAACAAACUGUACAAUGAUAUUAAAAUCUAGCUGGAGACUAUUGUCUCCUCCAGCUCUGGGCUUCCUGCCUUCCCUUUCUGUUGAUAGGAAAGCUUAGCAAAUGUUAGAGAGGCGUGAAAGACACAGUAGUACCAAACCAAGACCUCCUCCUGGGUGCAGUUCAGAGAAUUGAAAGGCCGCUGCGAACCAGCACUCUUCACAGAGCGACUUGAUGACUUGAUGGUGCUCAGUGCUGUGUUUGGGAUGUGACCUAAAUCCACUUAUUUGCCAGCAGAGUCCCAUGCUCCUGGAAGCCCUGGCCCAGAUGACCUGCUUUAGCUCCUGCAGGAUGUCUCAGAUUGCCUUGUUGAGUAGGGAAUGGAGGGAGGUCACAGGUGCCCAUGCCUGGAUGCAGCAGAGACAGGAGGCUGGCCCCAGAUCCCGUCAGCCAGAUGAGCCCUCCUGCACCAGCCGUGGGCCUGUCAGGAUGCAGGUGACUGCACCACUACAUGUCAGGCAUGCUAUCUGCAACAACUCCCACUUUGCAGAUGAAGAAACUGAGGCACUGCAAGUCAAGUCAGUUACCUAGAGUCCCAAAGUGUAGCAACCCACAAGGCCAGGCCCAGAGUCAGGGCUCUCAGAGGCCACAAUUGGGGAGCCUAAAGUAACACACAGGGCAGGAGGGAGAACAGUUUGUGCUUCCUGCUGUGACCAGGUCAGAGUUUAUGAGGCCUGCAGGGGUGGGGUGCUGAGAGCAGGACGCAUAGGGAGUUGUCUGGGACGUGGCUGCAGCUGGGUAAGAAGCACUGCCUUCCUCCAGGACUCAGGGUUUGGGGUGAAGGAGGGAGGGAGAAGG